AUGUCGGAAAACAUGAUAAAUUGUGAAGAAUCUAUUCUUACUGUGAUUGUCUGUCCAAACUUGAAAAUUGUACAAAUAUUCGGAAAUCCUUUAGUUGAUCAAUAUUCAAGUGCUCCACCAAAGAUCCUGACAAUCCUUGUCAAAACUCUUGGAAUGUCAAUUGAAUGUGAACGAUCUGGUACUUGGGGAUUCUGUUCUGCAAAAUCCGACUCCAUUAGGCCCACUCCAUCUCGUAAAAAUCAGCUGAAAUCUUUGAAUUUGAAGACUAAAAGUAAUGAAACGAAUGCAAACGUGAAAUUGAAGCCCGAAAGUGCAGAAAACGAAAAAUUCAACAAAUGCCCAUUAUUAUCACAAAUCGAAAUGCAAGGAGAUUAUAAUGCGUUAUCAAAAGUCACUGAACUUUAUUUGGCGGCAAGAUGA